AAAAUGCCUUGAAAAUGGAGGAACAUAGCCACGCGCUGCGGCUCAAUGUAAAGAUUCAACAGAAAUAUAAAACUGGCAUAAGUAAACAUGUAUGUUAAGAAGUUUUAUGAGAACAUUAGAACUGAGACAGUGAAGAAAAAAAGACACCUGAAGAUGGUACGAGAAUUGAAAAGGAUUGUUUAAGAGCAAGUAACGAUGCAAAAAAGGAGUUCCAACGCAGUUUUGGAAGAAAUUUUAGGAGCGAAAAUAAAACGAGCGAUAUAAAAGACGACUGAUGGCAAAUGAAAUCUUCCAAAACGUUAGCGCCAAUGCUAGCGCCAACAAUGUCACCGACGCCGGCGGCGAUUCCGGCGUGUUCUUCAAGCUCCGCGUCAGCGUGCUGUUGCUCAUCGUCAUCAUGGCGGUGCUUGGCAACCUGCUUGUCAUCGUCUCUGUUAUGAGACAUAGAAAACUACGCGUCAUCACAAACUACUUCGUAGUAUCGCUGGCCUUCGCUGACAUCCUAGUAGCCAUGGUGGUAAUGCCAUUCAACUUCAGCGUACAGUUCUACGAUGAAUGGCGGUUCGGUUCCGUCAUCUGCGAUCUAUGGAACUCUUCGGACGUCUACUUCACAUCCACCUCGAUAUUGCACCUCUGCUGCAUAUCAGUUGAUAGAUACUACGCCAUUGUGAAGCCUUUGAAAUAUCCAAUCAAGAUGACUAAAAAGAUGGCAUUCGUCAUGUUAGCAGCUACAUGGCUAAGUCCAGUCACAAUAUCCUACGCCCCAAUAUUUAUGGGGUGGUACACAACGAAAAAACACUUAGACGAGCGAGAGCUUCCACAGAACGCCCAUAAAUGUGACUGGGUAGUCAAUAAGCCAUACGCCGUGAUAUCCAGCUCGAUAUCCUUCUGGAUACCUUGCACGAUCAUGAUCUUCACGUAUCUAGCAAUAUUCAAGGAAGCGAACAGACAGGAGAAAAUGCUGCAUGCAAGAGCUGGCAACGCUAUGCUUAUGCACAGACAUUCAAGAGAAGUCGGAGAUAAAAAUGGUGCUUUGCACAUAAAUGCAAACACACCAACCAAAGAUAGGAAUAUACUAAAGAUGAAAAGAGAGCAUAAAGCAGCAAGAACGUUAGGGAUCAUCAUGGGAGCAUUCAUUCUCUGCUGGCUUCCAUUCUUUUUAUUCUACAUAACUACAGCACUAUGUACAACCUGCACAUAUCCAGAAGUGCUGACAGUUAUCAUGUUCUGGACUGGUUAUUUUAAUUCAGCGUUAAAUCCAAUCAUUUACGCGUAUUUCAACAGAGACUUUAGAAAUGCUUUUAAGAAUACUUUAGCGUGUGCGUUCUGCAGUUUUUGUAAAAGGAACGCAUCGGAUCUGGAUGCCAUGGAGAGGUUAGACCGGCGUGGUUCUGGAAACCUGAGGGUUCCUGCGGCUUCAAGACGGGCAUCCGACCUGGCAUCACUUUGAAAACCCAGAAACUCUAACGAGUCAAGUGUGUAACCCUAGUAGUCAACGAAUGGCCAGAGUACUUAGAUUAGUCGUGACUGAUAGUUCAGUGAAAAUGUGUAUAGAACUUUAAAGUAUUUUACUAACGAUAAGUAGGGAAAUAGUCAAAGUAAUUGUACAUAAUUUGUAAACUGUAUGUCUGUUAUGGUUCUACUUGUCCUUAGAUUGUUUAAUUUAAUUUGUAACUAACAAUGAUUUAAAUUAAUCAGGGCUAACAAUAUCGGAAGUGGAAUUUCAGAUCGUGUAAUUACUGACUGGAAUUUAAAUUUAAUUAAUUGACGUUCAUUGUUCAUUCAGAAGUGGACACCUUAAUUAACGAGUUGUGUAAUAAACAAUAAAAACAGACCUGACUCUGUGUGACCAGCUCUGUACAGCUAAUUUAACUUAUUUUUAACUUUAAUAUUUAUGUAAACAAAUUAAUUUAGUGUGGAUGUUGAAAUAGGCUGAUAGAUAUUUUAGAGGCCUAAUUCAUUUGAUUGAAAGCCAAAGUAAAAAUGUAAAUAUAAAUUAAGAUUAAACCAAUAGAAAUAUUUUAAUUAAAUGUUAGAUUUAGAACCAAUUUAAUUAUAGGAAUAUAAAGUUUCAUAUAAAUACGAUACUUAGGAAAAUAGCAAAUUAAAAUU